AUGGAGCCUCCUGAUCAUGAUUAAAUACCCAGAAAUCCAAAGGAAAGUGCAAAAAGAAAUUGAAAACGUUAUAGGCAUGGCUGACCCUAAAAUACAGCACAGAAAGCACAUGCCCUAUACAGAUGCUGUCAUAUGUGAAGUGAAGUUCAGCGCUUUGGUGAUAUCGCCCCAUCCAACCUUCCUCAUGCAACGGCUCAUGAUAUCACAUUUAGAGGCUAUUUCAUUCCAAAGGGAACUAUUAUUAUGCCGUUGCUGUCUUCUGUAUUGAAAGACAAAGCUUACUUCGCAAAGCCUGAUGAGUUUUACCCAGAACAUUUUCUGGAUGCUGAUGGAAAUUUCAAGAAGAACGAUGCAUUUAUACCUUUUUCAGCAGGUAAGAGAAGUUGUGCUGGGGAAAGUUUAGCCAAAAUGGAACUGUUCCUCUUCUUUACCACACUGCUGCAAAACUUCAUCUUCCAGGCUCCACCUGGAACUAUUGUGGACCUCACUCCUGCACUGGGGUCUACAAAUGCUCCUUUGCCUCAGGAAAUCUGUGCUAUACCUCGCAACUAA